CGUGCAGUGAGGAAUGCGUUCCUGUCUAAUGGGCCGUACCCCGCUAAAGACAAGAUUCACCUCGCCAGGAUCAUAAGGUAACUUUGUGUGUGUUUGUUAACUUUGUGUGUAAAUCUGAGAGAGAGCGCGAGAUAGAGAGAGAGUUUAUGCGGGGAUUUGAGUAAGAUGGCGGAGUUUGCACCGGGUGAAAAGUGAUUGCAUUAGUUUUGGAACCGGUCUGCUUCCCAGACGUGAGCCGGGUGCCCCGUUCGGGCCAUCGGCAAAGUCGGCUCAAAACAAAAGUGGCGUAGGUAGCACGUGGAGUAAUGAGUAGGAUUCCGUGUUUUCACAUGCAAAAGUGAUUGCUUUUGAUAAAAACGCUUUAUCUGCAUUUCCAAUUAAACCUAGUUUGAAAAGUCUAACAUACUGUUGAAGUCGGAGGUUUACAUACGACUUAGCCAAAUACAUUUAAACUCAGUUUUUCACAAUUCCUGACAUUUAAUCCUAGUAAAAAUUCCAUGUCUUAGGUCAGUUAGGAUCACCACUUUAUUUUAAGAAUGUGAAAUGUCAGAAUAAUAGUAGAGAGAAUUAUUAAUUUCAGCUUUUAUUUCUUUCAUCACAUUCCCAGUGGGUCAGAAGUUUACAUACACUCAAUUAGUAUUUGGUAACAUUGCCUUUAAAUUGUUUAACUUGAGUCAAACAUUUUGGGUAGCCUUCCACAAGCUUCCCACAAUAAGUUGGGUGAAUUUUGGCCCAUUCCUCCUGACAGAGCUGGUGUAACUGAGUCAGGUUUGUAGGCCUCCUUGCUCGCACACGCUUUUUCAGUUCUGCCCACAAAUGUUCUAUAGGAUUGAGGUCAGGGCUUUGUGAUGGCCACUCCAAUACCUUGACUUUGUUGUCCUUAAGCCAUUUUGCCACAACUUUGGAAGUAUGCUUGGGGUCAUUGUCCAUUUGGAAGACCCAUUUGCGACCAAGCUUUCAAUUCCUGACUGAUGUCUUGAGAUGUUGCUUCAAUAUAUCCACAUAAUUUUCCUUCCUCAUGAUGCCAUCUAUUUUGUGAAGUGCACCAGUCCCUUCUGCAGAAAAGCACCCCCACAGCAUGAUGCUGCCACCCCUGUGCUUCACGGUUGGGAUGGUGUUCUUCAGCUUGCAAGCAACCCCCUUUUUCCUCCAAACAUAACGAUGGUCAUUAUGGCCAAACAGUUCUAUUUUUGUUUCAUCAAACCAGAGGACAUUUCUCAAAAAAGUACGAUCUUUGUCCCCAUGUGCAGUUGCAAACCGUAGUCUGGCUUUUUUAUGGCGGUUUUGGAGCAGUGGCUUCUUCCUUUCUGAGCGGCCUUUUAAGUUAUGUCGAUAUAGGACUUGUUUUACUGUGGAUAUAGAUACUUUUGUACCCUUUUCCUCCAGCAUCUUCACAAGGUCCUUUGCUGUUGUUCUGGGAUUGAUUUGCACUUUUCGCACCAAAGUAUGUUAAUAUCUAGGAGACAGAGCACGUCUCCUUCCUGAGCGGUAUGACGGCUGUGUGGUCCCAUGGUGUUUAUACUUGCGUACUAUUGUUUGUACAGAUGAACGUGGUACCUUCAGGCGUUUGGAAAUUGCUCCCAAGGAUGAACCAGACUUGUGGAGGUCUACAAAUUUUUUUUCUGAGGUCUUGGCUGAUUUCUUUUGAUUUUCCCAUGAUGUCAAGCAAAGAGGCACUGAGUUUGAAGGUAGGCCUUGAAAUACAUCCACAGGUACACCUCCAAUUGACUCAAAUUAUGUCAAUUAGCCUAUCAGAAGCUUCUAAAGCCAUUUCUGGAAUUUUCCAAGCUGUUUAAAGGUACAGUCAACUUAGUGAAUGUAAACUUCUGACCCACUGGAAUUGUGAUACAGUGAAUUAUAAGUGAAAUAAUCUGUCUGUAAACAAUUGUUGGAAAAAUUACUUGUGUCAUGCACAAAGUAGAUGUCCUAACCGACUUGCCAAAACUAUAGUUUGUUAACAAGAAAUUUGUGGAGUGGUUGAAAAUCGAGUUUUAAUGACUCCAACCUAAGUGUAUGUAAACUUCUGACUUCAACUGUAUAUUUUAUGGAAAAGAGAUGUUGUAUAUUUCUGAACGAUGCGCCAUGCCUUGUUGACAACAUGACAGAGCGGCGCAGAUUACUGUUCGACUUGAGAAGGGCGCUUCUCCCUCACUGGCUUUGCCCGGUCACGUGACGGUCCAUAGCCCGGUUCAACCCGGGCCAGCUUAAUCCCCUCUAUGAGUGUGUGUGUUGUUGUUGCUGUUGAAUUAUGUCUAGUUCUAAAACUGAAGAUGUCUGUCCGCCGUUGUAACCUAGUGCAGGUGCUGGGUGUCACCAUGGCAACGCUCUAUACUCGGGUGGCUGAGUUCACCUCACAGUUGCUGGAAGCCUGGAACCAUGCUGACAAUCCAAAAGGAAAAUCUUUAAGCCAGCACAGUACGGUUCGGAUUGGCACGGUUGUGUGAAAAAUAUAUCACUUUAUUUCAACCUGAAGUUGCCAUGGUGACAUACAGCAUCCAUUGCUGAGUGAUCCAUUCCAACAGAGUGCCCCUGCUGAACACCAAGUGCCAUCUGAGGGCACAUCGAUGUGUGUGUUCAUGUGUGUGUGUGUCCAGGCGUAGCUACGUGGGUGUAGACCUGGUCCAGUGGCUGUGUGAGCAGUGUGUGUACGUGCGCUGUCGGAGCGCGGCCGUGCGCGUCUGGCAGGUCUUACUGGAGCUGGGCAUCUUGCUGUCUGGUGAGUACACAGCAGUGGCGUAGCGCAGUUUCGUGGGGGGGGUGGGGAUUAUAUAUAUUUUUGGCAUUGGGCAGUGAGAAAAAUGUGUGUUUUUUUAUGGCUAAUCUCAAGCUAUUUUACACAAUUUGCCAGUAGGCUGAGAGAAAAUGUUGCUGUUUUAGAGCUCAGGGAUUCUUGAAAGAUGGACAAUCUCAACUUUUUUCCCACAAACAUUUGUCUUAAUAUUAACACAUUUUUAAAUAUGUAUUUUGAUAGACCAAAAUAUCAGCUAUCACACCAUGUAAAGGAACAACCACAUUUUUCUUUCAUAAAAUGCAACUAACUGGAUUGUUUUUUUGUGCAGAGUUUGAAAUGUGGAUCGUUUGCUCCGGACAAGGGCAUUUCCAGGCAUAGAGCCGACAUGGAAAUUAAUAAUAUUGUAUUUAGAAAAUUCCUGAAAACAAAUAUUUUCCUUAUACAUUUCCACUAAAUGUACAUUUUAAGCUCAAAGAAGGAAACAAAAUCAAAAUAUUCAGCUAUAAAAAUAAGGUUUCCCUGCCAGACACGGAUUGUCCCGACAUUCAAGAAUCCCUGAGCUAAUUUUCUGCUAUUCUACACAUUUUGCCAUGAGGCUGAGAGAAAAUUGUGCAGUUUUAAAGCUAAUUUUGUGUAAUUCAAAAUAAUUAUAAUUAAUGGAUUAUGACAUGUUCAUAUACUAUCUGUGGGGGGGGGGCACACACCCCCAUCGAUCACGUGACACCAUUCUUUCCUAUAUGAAGACUCAAUAGCGUAUUGAAGCCAAAGGAAGUCGGUUAACCUUUCACUGCAGUGGGCUAAAUCAGGGUCACAGUGUGACUCUUGGAAGUCUUCAACAAAUCUACUUUGAAACAAAAGUAUACACCUCACACAUAUGGUUAUGGGUUUAAGAUGGCGUCUCAUGGAGUCAUAACAUGCGCAGUUUGAGCUACUCCAGAAAGUGACGUUGCAGGCUAGCUCAGUGCUGCCCCCUCUUGUUGAGUAACUCAAGUUGAAGGCCGACUGGGGUACUGCAGGCUGCCAUUAGCAACUAAACUUCUUAUGUGUGCUAUUUUAAAAUAAUCGGUUCAAGGACCUACAUCUGGUGUAUUAGACGCAAUUAUUGAUACCGUGAUUGCCUUCGAAACAUUUGUUUAUUUACACGAAGAUUGCCAUUUUUCUGUUCACUAUAAUGCGGGAUCCUGAUAAUGCCUGCAGUACCUUGGUCGGCCUUGAACUUCUGUGGAUUCAAUCACAGGGGGCAGUCGUUCUCCCCUGACACACACACACACAUUCUUAUACAGUACGUAACGAUCUCUAUCUGUGUGUGUUUCAGUGGACCAGUCAAUCUGUAUCUGUGUGUUUUUCAGUGGACCAGUCAAUCUGUAUCUGUGUGUGUGUGUGUGUGUGUUUCAGUGGACCAGCGCGUGGUGUUUGGGGACUCUAACUCCUACUACCAGUUCAGCUUUGAGGAGUGUGAGUCUGCAGCCUGCGAGUUCUGCGGCCUGGAGAAGGAGUCGUGGCCAGAGGCUGUUAGGCUCCUCCUACAGCUUGUACCAUACGUCCAGUUCAGAACUGGGUAAUUGUGUGUGUGUGUGUGUGUGAACGUGACCCAGUGUUGCAUGACCAUCACACAUGAACACAGACACACACGAACAUGAGCAGAAUCCGUGUUCCAACUGAUAAGAUUCAUCUUUAAUCUCUCUACAUACUGUUAAUCCCUUAGUCUGGCACUGACACGCACACACACUCUCUCUAAUACACUCUCUCAUAGCGGGAGCUGGGAGAGUGUUGAGGGAGCAUACCGGCGUAUGAAGUUCACCAGAAUUUCCUGUUCCCUCAAGAGAGAGAGAGAAAGAGAGAGAGAGAGAGGAGAGAUAGAGAGAGGAGAGAGAGAGCGAGAGAGAGAGAGAAGACUAAGAGGAGCUAGUAAGAUAGAGCGAGAUAGAUAGAGAAACAGAGAUAUCCACAUCAGAUAAUAUAGACCGAUCUAGUUCUCUCUCGCGUAUAUAUACGUGCUCUAUUCUCUCCUCUCUCUAUCUCUCUCUCUCUCUCUUCUCCUUAGAGAGAUCGAGAGAGAGAGAGACUUCCUCUCCUCCCUACUUCACUACCUGUCCUGCUACUGCAUCCAUCAUGCUUUAUCAGAUCACUCUUUCACACACAGACACACACUCUUCCUCCUCUGCAACCAUUUACUGAAGCCACAGAUCAAAUUCUAAUUAUAUACAAAUUAGUCUGGGAAGUUGUGAGAGAGAGAUUAGUUUACCCUAAAACACUGUGCUGUUUAUACACGCACAGAAAAAACAAGCACACACACAGAGGGAGAGAAAGAGGAGGAAAAGAGAGAAGAGGAAGAACGAGCAGCAGAGAGACCAGUAGAGACAUCCAGCAGAGAGACCAGUAGAGACAUCCAGCAGAGAGACCAGUAGAGACAUCCAGCAGAGAGACCAGUAGAGACAUCCAGCAGAGAGACCAGUAGAGACAUCCAGCAGAGAGACCAGUAGAGACAUCCAGCAGAGAGACCAGUAGAGACAUCCAGCAGAGAGACCAGUAGAGACCAGUAGAGACAUCCAGCAGAGAGACCAGUAGAGACCAGUAGAGACAUCCAGCAGAGAGACCAGUAGAGACCAGUAGAGACAUUCAGCAGAGAGACCAGUAGAGAGCAGUAGAGAGCAGUAGAGACAUCUAGCAGAGAGACCAGUAGAGAGCAGUAGAGACAUCCAACAGAGAGACCAGUAGAGACCAGUAGAGACAUCCAGCAGAGAGACCAGUAGAGACCAGUAGAGACAUCCAGCAGAGAGAUCAGUAGAGAGCAGUAGAGACAUCCAGCAGAGAGACCAGUAGAGAGGAGUAGAGACAUUCAGCAGAGAGAGGAGUAGAGACAUCUAAUCAAAUCACAUUUUAUUUGCCACAUGCGCCGAAUACAACAGGUGUAGACAAUUCCGUGAAAUGCUUACUUACAGCCCUUAACCAACAAUGCAUUUAUUUUUUAAUAAAAAAGUAAAAUAAAACAACAACAACAAAAAAGUGUUGAGAAAAAAAGAGCAGAAGUAAAAUAAAAUAACAGUAGGGAGGCUAUAUACAGGGGGGUACCGGUGCAGAGUCAAUGUGCGGGGGCACCGGCUAGUUGAGGUAGUUGAGGUAAUAUGUACAUGUGGGUAGCGUUAAAGUGACAAUGCAUAAAUAAUUAACAGAGUAGCAGCAGCGUAAAAAGAUGGGGUGGGGGGGCAGUGCAAAUAGUCCGGGUAGCCGUGAUUAGCUGUUCAGGAGUCUUAUGGCUUGGGGGUAGAAGCUGUUGAGAAGCCUUUUGGACCUAGACUUGGCGCUCCGGUACCGCUUGCCGUGCGGUAGCAGAGAGAACAGUCUAUGACAAGGGUGGCUGGAGUCUUUGACAAUUUUGAGGGCCUUCCUCUGACACCGCCUGGUAUAGAGGUCCUGGAUGGAAGGAAGCUUGGCCCCAGUGAUGUACUGGGCCGUACGCACUACCCUCUGUAGUGCCUUGCGGUCGGAGGCCGAGCAGUUGCCAUACCAGGCGGUGAUGCAACCAGUCAGGAUGCUCUCGAUGGUGCAGCUGUAGAACUUUUUGAGGAUCUGAGGACCCAUGCCAAAUCUUUUCAGUCUCCUGAGGGGGAAUAGGCUUUGUCGUGCCCUCUUCACGACUGUCUUGGUGUGUUUGGACCAUGAUAGUUCGUUGGUGAUGUGGACACCAAGGAACUUGAAGCUCUCAACCUGUUCCACUACAGCCCCGUCGAUGAGAAUGGGGGCGUGCUCAGUCCUCUUUUUUUUCCUGUAGUCCACAAUCAUCUCCUUUGUCUUGGUCACGUUGAGGGAGAGGUUGUUAUCCUGGCACCACCCUAUAGGCUGUCUCAUCGUUGUCGGUGAUCAGGCCUACUGUUGUGUUGUCGACAAACUUAAUGAUGGUGUUGGAGUCGUGCCUGGCCAUGCAGUCAUGGGUGAACAGGGAGUACAGGAGGGGACUGAGCACGCACCCCUGAGGGGCCCCCGUGUUGAGGAUCAGCGUGGCAGAUGUGUUGUUACCUACCCUUACCACCUGGGGGUGGCCCGUCAGGAAGUCCAGGAUCCAGUUGCAGAGGGAGGUGUUUAGUCCCAGGAUCCUUAGCUUAGUGAUGAGCUUUGAGGGCACUAUGGUGUUGAACGCUGAGCUGUAGUCAAUGAAUAGCAUUCUCACGUAGGUGUUCCUUUGUCCAGGUGGGAAAGGGCAGUGUGGAGUGCAAUAGAGAUUGCAUCAUCUGUGGGUCUGUUGGGGCGGUAUGCAAAUUGCAGUGGGUCUAGGGUUUCUGGGAUAAUGGUGUUGAUGUGAGCCAUGACCAGCUUUUCAAAGCACUUCAUGGCUACAGACGUCAGUGCUACGGGUCGGUAGUCAUUUAGGCAGGUUAUCUUAGUGUCCGUGGGAACGGGGUCUAUGGUGGUCUGCUUGAAACAUGUUGGUAUUACAGACUCAGUCAGGGACAUGUUGAAAAUGUCGGUGAAGACACUUGCCAGUUGGUCAGCACAUGCUCGGAGUACACGUCCUGGUAAUCUGUCUGGCCCUGCGGCCUUGUGAAUGUUGACCUGCUUAAAAGUCUUACUCACAUCGGCUACGGAGAGCGUGAUCACAUAGUCAUCCAGAACAGCUGGUGCUCUCAUGCAUGCUUCAGUGUUGCUUGCCUCGAAGCGAGCAUAGAAGUAGUUUAGCUCGUCUGGUAGGCUUGUGUCACUGGGCAGCUCGCUGCUGUGCUUCCCUUUUGUAGUCUGUAAUAGUUUUCAAGCCCUGCCACAUCCGACGAGCGUCAGAGCCGGUGUAGUACGAUUCAAUCUUAGUCCUUUAUUGACUCUUUGCCUGUUUGAUGGUUCAUCGGAGGGCAUAGCGGGAUUUCUUAUAAGCGUCCGGGUUAGAGUCCUGCUCCUUGAAAGCGGCAGCUCUACCCUAUAGCUCAGUGCGGAUGUUGCCUGUAAUCCAUGGCUUCUGGUUGGGGUAUGUACGUACGGUCACUGUGGGAACGACGUCAUCAAUGCACUUAUUGAUGAAGCCAGUGACUGAUGUGGUGUACUCCUCAAUGUUAUCUGAAGAAUCCCGGAACAUGUUCCAGUCUGUGCUAGCAAAACAGUCCUGUAGCUUAACAUAUGCGUCAUCUGACCAAUAUUUUAUUAACCAAGUCACUGGUGCUUCCUGCUUUAGUUUUUGCUUAUAAGCAGGAAUCAGGAGGAUAGAGUUAUGGUCAGAUUUGCCAAAUGGAGGGUGAGGGAGAGCUUUGUAUACGUCUCUGUGUGUGGAGUAAAGGUGGUCUGGAGUUUUUUUUCCUCUGGUUGCACAUUUAACAUGCUGGUAGAAAUUAGGUAGAACGGAUUUAAGUUUCCCUGCAUCUAGCAGAGAGAUCAGUAGAGACAUCCAGCAGAGAGACCAGUAGAGACCAGUAGAGACAUCCAACAGAGAGACCAGUAGAGAGCAGUAGAGACAUCCAGCAGAGAGAUCAGUAGAGACCAGUAGAGACAUCCAGCAGAGAGACCAGUAGAGACCAGUAGAGACAUCCAGCAGAGAGACCAGUAGAGAGCAGUAGAGACAUCCAGCAGAGAGAGCAGUAGAGAGCAGUAGACAUCUAGCAGAGAGACCAGUAGAGAGGAGUAGAGACAUCCAGCAGAGAGACCAGUAGAGAGGAGUAGAGACAUCCAGCAGAGAGACAACUAGAGAGCAGUAGAGACAUCCAGCAGAGAGACCAGUAGAGAUACCAACAGAGAGACUAGUAGAGAGCAGUACAGACACCAACAGAGAGACUAGGAGAGAGCAGUACAGACACCAACAGAGAGACCAGUAGAGAGCAGUAGAGACACCAACAGAGAGACUAGUAGAGAGCAGUAGAGACACCAACACAGAUACCAGUAGAGGCAGUAGAGACACCAACAGAGAGACUAGUAGAGAGCAGUAGAGACACCAACAGAGAGACCAGUAGAGAGCAGUACAGACACCAACAGAGAGACCAGUAGAGAGCAGUAGACACCCUGCAGAGAGACUAGUAGAGAGCAGUAGACACCCAGUAGAGAGACCAGUAGAGAGCAGUAGACACCCAGCAGAGAGACCAGUAGAGAGCUUUAGAUACACCCAAUAGAGAGACCAGUAGAAAGCUUUAGAUACACCCAGUAGAGAGACCAGUAGAGAGCUUUAGAGACACCCAGUAGAGAGACCAGUAGAGACACCUAACAGGGAGAACAGUAGACACCAGUAGUGAACGGUAGACACCAGUAGUGAACGGUAGACACCAGUUGAGACACCAGUAGUGAACAGUAGAGUCCAGUAGUGAACAGUAGAGUCCAGUAGUGAACAGUAGAGUCCAGUAGUGAACAGUAGAGUCCAGUAGUGAACAGUAGAGUCCAGUAGUGAACAGUAGAGUCCAGUAGUGAACAGUAGAGUCCAGUAGUGAACAGUAGAGUCCAGUAGUGAACAGUAGAGAGACAUAAAACACAUGAAGAGAAGACUGGAAAAACUAAUGGUGUGUGUGUGUGUGUGUGUGUGUGUCUGUUAUAGGUCUGAGGAGGACUCAGAAGGGAACAGAGAUGUCUGCGGGGACAGCUUUCUCCAGAUGAAAGCGCUAGAUAGGCUCACCUCCACGGUUAGUUGUGUGUGUGUGUGUGUGUGACUGAAAUGAGCUGCCAUACUGAGUGUGUAUGUUCUGUCUCUGCAGGUGCAGAAUGAGUUGGCUGCUGCUCUCGCCCGCAAGGCUCGCAAAGCCAGUGAGUGGGUUACUUUAUUAAGUGUGUUAUUACAGUGUGUUUAUGCCACUGUAAGAUAUCCUUUAGUUUCAGCAAAUCAAAUAUUUGUUUUAGUUGAAUAGUCCUGACAGCUGUCAAUCUAACGUGGUUGCAGUGGCAGAGCAGGGUGGCCCAGAGUCAGCAGACGCCACCCCCCGGGAGACACCCAUACCCAGCCACGAGAACACCACGGUAGGACACACACACAUACACACACUAACACAGGAGGGGAGAGGAGAAGAU